GAUAAUACAUUUUUGUUUUUCUUCCAAAUGGAUUUAUUAAAUAUUGACUAGAAUAUUUAAUUUAAGCAUGUGCCUUUAAAGUCUGAUUCCUCCUCCAGCCUGCUUUUUUUUAAAGUGGCUUGAGGUGGAGCUGAAUAGGACACUGCCAAGAAAAUUAUAAGUAGUGGCCUCAGUUUGCUUAGGAACAUCCAGAGCUUGGAGGAUGGUACAGUAGUGGUCUAGACUCUAGAUAACUGAUUUAGGCACAUGGAAAUCUAGAAAAAUAACUGGUUUUUAUGGUUUUGUAGCUUUUAGAGACUUAUGUCUGUUGAAUAAAUACUUUUUUUCCUGUAGAGGAAAAUCUGCUGCCCACUGAAAUAAUUUUAUGAGGUUACUUUUAAGUUGGAAGUAUCUCCUAUGAACAAAGUUAAAUGUGCCAGUGUGAUUUAUUUUUGAAAACAUAGCAAAGUAAAAGAAAAAAAACGUACAGAGUACCAUUUCCCUGCCCUGCUUACAACUAAGGAGAAUUUGAAAGUGCAAUUUGAAAAAAUUGGCUUUUUCAUCCAACAUGACCGGUGGCCCAGCCUUGUCAUUUGCUCGGUGCCUGCUAAGAAGAAAAAUUGUCACUGGGGACAGUCUUGAAGAUUCAAAGCUAUGCCGCUGUUUAUCAACUGUGGAUCUUAUCGCUUUAGGAGUAGGAAGCACCCUUGGUGCUGGUGUUUAUGUCCUUGCUGGAGAAGUUGCAAAAGCAGAUUCUGGACCUAGUAUUGUCCUUUCUUUCCUCAUAGCUGCCCUAGCUUCAGUCAUGGCCGGACUUUGUUACGCAGAAUUUGGUGCUCGUGUCCCAAAGACUGGCUCAGCCUAUCUGUACACAUAUGUAACUGUUGGUGAAAUCUGGGCUUUUAUCACUGGCUGGAAUCUCAUUUUGUCCUACGUUAUAGGUACUUCAAGUGUUGCAAGAGCAUGGAGUGGAACCUUUGAUGAACUUCUUGGAAAACAAAUUGGUUAUUUUUUCCAAACCUACUUCAGAAUGAAUUACUCUGGCUUAGCAGAAUAUCCAGAUUUUUUUGCAGUCUGUCUAAUAUUACUCUUAGCAGGACUUUUAUCAUUUGGAGUAAAAGAAUCUGCAUGGGUAAAUAAAGUCUUCACUGCUGUUAACAUCUUGGUUCUGCUCUUCGUUAUGAUUUCUGGCUUUGUGAAAGGCAACAUUAAUAACUGGAAGAGAACUGAAGAAUUUCUGAUAAACUACACUGCAGAAAUAAAAAAUCUAUCAUCCUCUGAGAAUGUGACAAGUAUAUUUGGAGUUGGUGGCUUCAUGCCAUACGGCUUUACCGGAACACUAGCCGGUGCUGCAACGUGCUUUUAUGCCUUCAUAGGAUUUGAUUGCAUUGCAACUACUGGGGAAGAAGUCAGGAAUCCUCAGAGGGCCAUUCCUAUUGGAAUUGUAGCAUCUCUACUUGUCUGCUUUCUGGCCUAUUUUGGAGUUUCAGCUGCUUUGACACUUAUGAUGCCAUACUAUUUACUUGAUGAGAAAAGUCCUCUCCCUGUAGCAUUUGAGUAUGUUGGAUGGGGUCCAGCAAAAUACCUUGUAGCAGUCGGAUCUCUGUGUGCUUUAUCAACAAGUCUCCUUGGAUCCAUUUUCCCCAUGCCUCGUGUAAUCUAUGCUAUGGCAUCGGAUGGCUUGCUUUUCUCAUGUCUAGCUCAAAUCAACCCCAAAACGAAGACUCCACUUGUUGCAACUUUAUCAUCAGGGGCUGUCGCAGCUCUAAUGGCUUUUCUCUUUGACCUAAAAGCCUUAGUAGACAUGAUGUCAAUUGGCACACUUCUUGCAUACUCAUUGGUGGCUGCUUGUGUUCUCAUACUUAGGUACCAACCCAAUUUAAACUACGAGCAACCAAAAUAUUCAGCAGAAAAAGAGGCCCUUGCAGGAUCAGAAGGCGAAUGUAAAAGUGAAUCUCAAAUUAGCAUGAUACCAAGAAAGAGGUUUAAUUUACAAAUGCUAAUUAAUCCAUCAAGUUUACCAACUGAACAGUCUGCUACUGUGGUGAGCCUUCUUGUGGCCCUUUUGGCUGUCCUCGUUUGUGGAUUAAGCAUUCUGACAACCUAUGGAAUUCAUUCACUUGCAAAUAUGGAGCUUUGGAGUAUUUUUAUUCUUGCGUCUCUUUUCAUACUGUUCGUGAUGAUUAUGCUUAUCAUCUGGAGACAACCUCAGAAUCAGCAGAAAGUGACAUUUAUGGUUCCGUUCUUGCCGUUCUUGCCAUCUUUAAGUAUCUUAGUGAAUAUAUACUUGAUGGUACAGCUAAGUGGACAGACAUGGAUCCGGUUCAGCAUCUGGAUGGCAUUCGGACUCCUGAUUUACUUUGCCUAUGGCAUCCGGCAUAGUAUGGAAAGCUGUCCCAAGGAAGAAGAGGAAGAGGAUGACAGCUGCUCAGAAAGAAGCGAAACUUCAGAAAAGAAGCAUAUGGGAGAUACAAGUGAACUUGAACAUGCAAGUGAAAGUGCUCAGUUUAUUCCACAUGAAAAGACAAGUGAAUGCUGAUAAACCUGUUGUGUGCACUUUUAGGCAGUGAUGGCAGCCAAAUGGAGUUGCUGGUGAAAUGGUGAACUACUUGCUCCUCCUAAAUUAGCAGUAAACCACUUGUGCUUUAUGGAAACAUUAGUAGAAAUACAUGAAAGAUGAUCUAAAUUAGUUGCUAUGUAUCUCUUCCAUCAGAGACUUGCCUCAGAGGGUUGUAAUCUUUAAAAAACUGAGCAAGAAGGUGGAGGAAAUUUUCCAAGGGGGCCAAUCUGAUUCAUCUGUCAUGUUGGUGAUUUCCUUAACAACAUCUUCCAACUUUAACUGGCAUAUAUAACUAGUUCUCAAGGAGUAUCUAAAGAAGAAGAGUUGAAUAUUAUGGUUUAUAAUAUGGAGACGUAUUCUUAACUGCUUUUAAAAAUAGGGUAGCAUUGCUAAAUAAUCACAUAGCUACUUGAUUUCCAUCGUUCUCUGUGCCUUGUUUCUAAACCAGCCACCUCUUCUGUGAUGUCUUCUUUGUGUUGUUGCUCUAUGUUGCCCCUACCCUGUGAGAGGCUGAGGCUUUCCUUACCUGUGCAUUAUAUCAAAGGUAGCCUCAAGCUGUAUAAACUCAGUUAUAUUUUGCAAUGCAGAGUGAGGUAAUGGUCACUGACUGGGAACACAGCAAUUGUGACAGGAUGAGACUGGCAAGAAGGAUAGAAAAUGUAAUCCAAUACAAUAUUGUGCUGAUUUAAGGAUGAGUGGAGAUGACCUCAGCUCAGCAGUGGGGAAAGGUCCCAGAUUCAGAAAUUCCUGGGGGGAAAAAAAAACAGUUAUCUGAUCUAACUUCUGCUUUGCUCUUAUCUGUACACAGUAUAAAUCGUGACAAUUUUUCUAAAAAAUAUUUAAGAAUAUUUGAAACAGAUAUAUUUUAUAGAAAAUCUAGUUUGAAAUUCUGUUUAUGUUUUAUUUCCAAAUGAAUGAUUAAUUUAAACAAAUGAUGAAGCACUAGCAAAAUGGCACUUCUGUGGAACUGAAGUUUGCAAAAUGCUGAUGCAUCUGUUGACUUCCUUAAUAUAUGAAUGUCCUGAGCAGGUCAGCACUGCCAGAGAUUGGGCUGCAAAACUGUGCACCUAUAUACUACUUGGUAGAUUAUUCAAUUAAAUAUAGAAAAAAAACUAUUCAGAAACUGGCUGAUUUGGGGAUGUGGUGAGUAGAAUAAGCAUUGAACUUGCAUGUUCUUCUGUCCUGUUACAAAGCAUUUGAAAUGUUCUGUAUAGGUCAUUGACUGCUGUUUGCACAUUUCAUCAGAUCCUUAGCAGACAGUGAAUAGUAGCAGGCAGUGCAAGCUUUGGGCCUACUACCACUUGUUCUCAUCACCAUAAAUUGUGGUUUCUCUACAAUACCCAAACAUAGCCACUAAAUUCUUCUUCCUGUCUAGGAAGUAAUUCUCUUCAAAUUCUUUUGCCAUCAUAGGUGAUAUAAUAUUUAUUAAAUAACUCAUGGAUAAUUUUUUUUGUGAUGUUCCCUCUGUUUAUGAAAUAGAGGUAUGUAUAUAUUUGGAGAGAGGAGGAGGAAAUGAAAAACAUAGCUCAAAUGUUUUAGCAACACUAAUGUUUAAGUGCGAUAGGUCUUUGGGAUAAAGUAUGUUUACCAACAAAUGUAGGCACCUUCGUGCUGGUACCCACUGUUGAGACACCUUCAGUGUUGGUACCCAUUGCUGGCUUUACCUUUUGGGUAGGAUUAUGGCUUGACAUUGUAUAAGAUGGGCAAAUUAGUUCCCAGCAUAUUAUUUGGGAUAAGAAUCCAUUUUAGGAAGCGUCAUGUAUAAGUGUCAGCAAGUCCUAAAGAAAUUCUUUUUUCUUGAGUCCAAGAGGGUUUACUUUCACCUCUCUGUUUCACCAUGUAAGGAUUAUUUUUUUAAUUUUCAGGUUCAUUUUCCUUAAACAACCAAUAAAAUGCUAACAAAGGUAAUGAAUAUUUUGAAAAACCCAUAUCUAAUUAUGUGUUACUUUAAUAUACUGUACUUACAUUUGCACUAAUUUUUCCUACUUCAGCCUGCUUAUUUAUGUGUAACUUGUGAAACCAAUAUGUCAUUGCAGACUUUAGUAUGAAAAGCAGAUGUGGGAGCACAAUUAUUUUUUAAAAAAUGUAAGCAUACAACUACAUUUAGUUUUCUAUGCUCAAGUUUAUAUAAAUGGAUACAAAAACAUUUACAAAAAUGCAUGCAAUGGGAAAGCACUUUGAAGAAAUAACUGUGCUAUCACCAUUCGAUCAUCUCAGAUAUAUAUACUGAAAUUUUGUACAUGCAAAAAACUAUAUAUCUGGAUGUAUUACUUGUGUUAUUACUUAUAAAACAGCAAACAUACAUGACCUUAAAAAUAGUCUUUCUGUUUAAAUGAAAUUUAGGGAACUACUUUCUGAAGGAAAAUCAUUAAAAUAGAGAACUAGAUUUUUAAAAUUUUAGGAACCAUCUGUGGAAAAACACAACCUUGUGACUGAAAUUUCAUGUAAAUUACAUUAUUUAGGAUCAUACAGAAUAGUUCUCAUUCAAUUCCCAAACUGUUAUAAAAUUAGAUAGAUGAUAUUUUACUAUGGAAAUGAAAGAAUAACCAAGAAGAUUUUUUUACGUCUACAGUAGCUUUUCAAAGUAGCUACUUAAAGUUAUUUUAAACUGUUUUUAAGAUAUCUUUUCAUAACAAAUACGUCUAGCUUGUUUAAUUUUAAUAGAAAAAUGUACAUUGUAGAUUAUACAAGAGAAACCUUCAGAAAAAAUGUUCAUAUAUAGACAACAAACCCCGCUUGCUCUAAUGAUGUUACCUAGUUGAGUAAUGAAAUGUCUGCAAGCAAACAGCCAGGCUUAGAGAGCACCAAGAACUCCACAGAAAAUGUUAAACCUAAGACUUACAUAUAAUCAUCUUAGAUCAAAACCUUCACACAGUUCUUGAGAUUGGGGUGGUUUUUUGGGGUGGCUUUCCCAUUUGCUCCUUUGGUAAAAGCUGGGUGAUUCCGUGAUGGAAAAAUCUUUAGGCCCAUACCUAAGUACAUCUGUAAAUGCAAAUACACACUUAUUAAAUGUAUUACUUAGUAAUAUUGUCAAUAGACUUUGUUAUAUUCUUACACUACUCUGAGAAUAAGCCCCAUUAAAACUGAAGGUAAAUCCUAAAUCAGCAUACAGUCCAAUAAAUAGUUGUCAUGUACUUAUGGCUGAGCUAGUCAGUGGUAAUAGUGUCUCUGUUUUUAAUAGAAUAAAAAAUGCAAUUGUAUUUUCCUGCAGUCACUCUUAAAGCACACACAUCUAAUUGGAUGUGAUCACUUAACUGUACUUAUUUAUUUUGAAAUAUGUAAUAGCACUAUAAGGGAGCCUCAGUAAAAUACAUGCCUAGGCAUAAAAAUCUGAAGAUUUUGUAAUUUUUUACAACUUUUGUCCUUUGUAAUGUAGCAUUGAAUGAAAAAGUAUAUAUGAGUAGUCCUUAACUUACAACCAAUUAUUAAUGACUGUUCAAAGUUACAACAGCUCUGAAAAAAGUGACUUAUGACUAUUUUUCACAUUUAUGACUGUUGCAGCAUAUCCAUGGUCAUGUGAUCAAAAUUCAGACAGUUGGCAACUGACUCUUAUUUAUGAUAGUUGCAGUGUCCAGGGAUCAUGUGAUCACCUUUUGCAACCUGACAAAGCAAAGUCAAUGAGGCAGCCAAAUUCACUUAACGGUGUUCUAACUUCAAUGACUGACUUAAUAACUGUGACAAGAAAGAUUGUAAAAUAAGUAAAAACUCACUUAACUAUCUUGCUUAGCAAUGGAAAUUGUAGUUGUAAGUCAAGGACUACUUGUAAUGUAUUGGCUGUAUUCAGGCUUGUGUUGGCUGAAUCUUUACCCCAGUUACAAGCCAUUCUUUCAGAAGGUCCAAAUAUUUUUAGAAAGAUCUGAAUUAUAAAACACCUUUUUGUAUAUUGUAUAUUGAUUUUUUAAAUUUGUUCUCUAGAAACAGUAUUUUAUACGUGUACUCCUAUGUUGGGGGUUUUCAGUGUAAACAUUUUAUCAUAAAGCAAAGGGUAUUCAAAUGUAGUUUGGAGAAAAAUUCACUAUAAUGGGCCUUGUGUAGGGUGACUUGUAGUGAACCAAUGUUUUUGUAAAUAUGUAUUUUUUCUUUCUGUUCCUGGCAACCUCCCAUAAAACUCAGUUGAGUGGGAAAUCUCGGAAACUAGAAUAAACCUCAUAACAGGUCACAUGUCUAACAUUUUAUACAAAGUUAGCUGUAUCACUGCCUAUGUAUAUAUAAGUAGAUAGAUAACUGUAAUAAUUAUUACUGUGUAUAUGUUUGUUGUUUACUAAAGGGGAGAAUCUUUUUGUAAAAGUCAGGCACAAUAUUAUGUAAACAACUAAAGGAAAAAAAUCCACUUUUAUUAAUGUAUAAUCACUUGCAACAUGUGAAAUAGUAAAAGAAAGGUAAAUUGGUGCUUUGGUUUUUUUCACUUUGCCUGAUAAAAUGUUCUUGCUGUUGCUUACUGUAAAAUACUGCUUUGAAGAGGGUUGUGCAUUUGUUCUCUAUUUUUUAAAAUAAAACUGAAAAAUAUGCUGCAUAGAUCACUUUGUUGUUCUUAUUUGUGUUUGAGAAAAAAAUUACAAAGCAGCGCAGAGAAAAACACAUCAUAUUCAAAUAGUGUAAAAAAAUGUACAGGAACUUUAAACAAUGUUCAACAAGUUUGUGAUUAUCCUUUUAAUAGUUUGCCACUUUGUAAAUAAACAAGAUUUAUGGAAGCACAUAGUUUCAAAGCUACUAUUGUAUUAUAUUAUACUGCCAUAAUUAAAGUAUUAUUGCAAUCUU